UCAUCCGGGCGGUGUUUCCUCCACGGAGCCAGAUCAGCAGCGGGGCGUCUCGUCUCUCGCCCCUAUUCUGGAAGCUUCUCCAUCCUACCCUCGUGACUCCGUUUUGUAGAAGGUGUCCAUUCCCAACAAAGCAGGGAAGAGACGAGUCCGGUACGAGGCGCUCCUUUGCUUGGCCACCAACACGAAGCAAGCAAGCGCCAAGAAACAGCCCCCGUGAGGGCAGCUGCUGCGGUGGCGGCGGAAGAAGGUGACCGAUGGCGGUGGAAGCAGAGGCUUCGGCCGCGGACUUCGCCCUUUCCGAGACCAAUAUCAACUGGGACAGGUUGGACAAGACAAAGUUUCAUGUCAUUGGUGCUGUCCUCUUUACGUUUCAGUCUGGGUUAUUACAUCCAACAGCCGUUGUUAAGACUAGAAUGCAAGUUACUGAAGCUGGGUUAUCGCACAUGCGUGGAAUCUCUGUGUUUAAAAGAAUACUGAGACAUGAUGGAAUUCCUGGACUUUAUAGAGGUUUUGCUACCUCUGCCAUUGGAUCAUUGCCAGGUCGAGUGCUGGCUCUUACAUCACUUGAAGUAUCUAAAGAUAUAAUUUUCAAAAACACAGAGGGUCUGAAUGUCUCCGAGGCAACACGUAUUGCUUUGUCUAAUGGAGUGGCAGGAUUGGUCUCAAACAUAGUUUCAUGUAUUUAUUUUGUACCCUUGGAUGUGAUUUCCCAGAGACUGAUGGUCCAAGGCCUACCUGAAAUGACUACAUAUAAUGGCCCUUUUGAUGUCAUCCGCAAAGUGAUGAAGAAAGAAGGAAUUCGUGGUCUUUAUAGAGGGUUUGGGAUAACAGUAGCAACCCAGUCACCUGCAACUGCUCUUUGGUGGGGUGCUUAUGGUGCUGCUCAACAUGUUAUUUGGAGGAGCCUGGGCUAUGGAAAUGAUGUGGAGCAAAAACCAUCUCAGUUACAGCUAGUAACUGUUCAGGCAACAGCCGGAACACUGGCUAGUGCUUGUUCAUCAGUUAUCACUACUCCGAUAGAUACAGUCAAGACACGGCUGCAGGUCAUGAACGAUUAUGCGGGAAGGCCAUCAGUUAUGAAGACAACAAGGAGGCUCCUCGAGGACGAUGGUUGGAGAGGGUUCUACAGAGGAUUCGGACCCAGGUUCUUAAACAUGUCACUUUGGGGCACCUCAAUGAUCGUGACGUACGAACUAAUAAAGCGGCUGUCCUUGAAACACUGAGUAAUAAUUGCAACUGGCUGAGAUAUGAGGCCACAUGGACAAUGCUGUUCAAGGGAGAGGUGUGCUGAUGGGCUGCUGCUUUUGAAGUUGUGGUAAGCUGAUGUUGAAAAAUGCCUUGCUCUCUGCACUUUGGAGGUCACACGGGGGGAUGCCACUUGUGCCAUGCUUCUGUUGAUGAGGGCAGUAAGCUGACCUGUUGUGGCCAAAUGAUCCAGGGUGGUUGAUGGCCUUAGGUGCAGCUCGCGCUGACUGGAACUCCUGCUAAUCCCCGACGACUUUGUGCGUGCCUGGUCGAUCAAUUACAAAUUAUUCGAGUAGAGGUUUCUGUAAGAAAAUCCAGAGGUAACCGGAUUACAAUGCUGAACUGGAGUUUCCCUUGAAAAAUAGUUAAGAAAAAGGAAGCAGUUUCUUUUGA